AUGUCGGAGUCCUCCGAUGAACUGCCGAUGCAGUCGACGCGGCUGCCUGCCCGCACCGCUGCAAGCGUGGCGCCCGGCGGCCGCACCAGCCACGCCACCACGGUGCUUUACUUCCUCACAGCAAGCGCCAUCUUCGUGUCCGUAGUGUCCCUCCUGGUCGGCCUCACGCCCUGGAGACUCUUCGGCCUCGCCGUACCGGGCACCGACAAUGGCGUCGGUCCCGACGAUGACGACCGGGCGGAGGUCAGAGCACCCGCUGUAAUGAAGUCGUACCAUAACGUCGACCCGGAAAGCAACGUCUGCAGGACUGUGGCCUGCGAGAACGAAGGUGGCUUACUGUUCCGCCAGCUAGAAUUCCACCAAGAGCCCUGCGACGACUUCUAUGCCUACGUUUGCAAACGCUGGGAAAACAGCCACAAGCUUCCGUUCGGUGCCGCCAAGUUUUCUGUAGACGACGCGUUGCUGGAUCAGUACGAGCUGCUUCUCGCAGACGUCAUCCAGAAGGGACGCCCCGGAUACGAAGCCGUGAGAGACAUCUUCUUGAGGUGCGAGUACCCGCGGAAAGGCGACACGUAUUGGCUGGACACGCUGAAGAAGAUCGGGCUUCAUCCGUUCCCCGUUGUGCUUAAGAAGGGGCACACGCUCGACGCAAUCAUCAAAGACCUGAUGAGUCUCGGAAUUCAACCUUACUAUGCCUUGUCGGUUGAGAGAAAUUUCGACAAUCCGGAGCAGUCCUACGUGCUAGUCCGAGAACCUAGUUUGCUCAUGGGUCCUCUUCGACUUGGACUGGACAUAGAAUACGCGUACCUGGACGAUGCGCUUUCUGGAUUCAUCAUGGAGAUCCUAGACCGCAACCAGACGAUCCAAAGCAACGUUCUUAAGAUGGAGCGGCUUCUGUCGUCUUCUAUGGAGCGGCAAUCUGAAUCAGGCUUGGGCUUGCAAGACGAACUGAUCGAUCUACCUAGCCAGUUUAAGGACCUGGCCGCGAGAAUAAGGUUGGUUGUGGCCCAAGCAUUUGGGACGGACCUUUCAAAGAGACCACUCAAGACCGCUUCUCUCAAGUAUCUCCAUGCUCUCGAGGAUGGUCUGGUGCGCAACGAGUACGGCAGCUUUUUAAACUACCUUGCCUUUCGGACCUUCGUGGAGAUAGCAGCGGACAACGAGUUGGACAUGGGCGAAUUGAUGGCCAUUAAGUACGCACGUUACGCGGGAUACCCUUCCCCGCGCCCUCUAACUCGCCGUCGCUUUUGCGUCCGAAUGAUGAACGCUUACGAACCUGCCCUCCUAAUGCACAUGACCAUGGACGCUGCAUCGAACAAACUCGGUGGUAAAGCGGCCUUCAACCCUCUGCUCGACCUAUUGGAGACAGUACUCAACGACACCUUGUACUCUCAGACCAGCUUCGACGUCGACUUCAGGGACAGCCUAGUCGAGUCCCUAUCAGCCAUCAACUGGGAACCGAUUGUGCCGGAUGCUGUCACGUCCCACAACGAAUUGUUCCGUCGUUUGGUUUCCAUCUACGAGACCGCGGCCGGCAGCAAGAGGGUCAUCGAGAGUUACAUGUCCCUCUCGACAAUGUUCAGCUUCAGAGACUUCGCACAGAAAGACUUAGACAAGUGGGUCGGGUGGAGAGGCGGCAUGCUGAGCACGUACGCUCGUCUCGAAGCUCCUUUUUUAAAACUGGAGAUACCGCUGCCAGUCUUCGACUUCAAGAAGGAUCCCGAUGCAUCGCUCGAGCGGUUUCAACUGCCACGCAUUGGACCACGCGUCUUCUACACCAUGUACCACGCGGUCUACCACUUUGCUUACAACUACGGGGCAGGAAAGCGACCGUCUCGGUUCGUCUCCAAGCUACACGCCCUGAUGGACUGUUUGGGUCGCCAGUAUAGAAAGAUACGCUGGAAGGACUCACGCCGGCGGAUCGGAAGGAGCUCGUUCUACUCCAACCUUCUGGAUUUCAUGACUCUGGAGCCAUCGUACGACUCUUACCUCCGCUACGCUGAGCAGACAAAGAAGAACGACCGGUUGCCGAAGUUGGAGAACCUUACGCCACGGCAGCUGUUCUUCGUGGAAUACGCCCGAAAUUUCUGCGAGGUGAACAACGACACGUUUCUCGAUCGGGUUCUAGACGAAGGCCACGUCAGUCCUGCCUGGUACAGGGUGAAUGGUCCGUUGAGGAACUUCAGGCCCUUUGCAGAUGCCUUCUUGUGCAAGCCAAACACCUUUAUGAACCCCGUCCACCGCUGCACCCUCUAG